GUAUUGACAUCAACGUCAGUCAUGUCCCCUCAGCCGAAGUUUAGGCGAUAACGGCGACUUUUUCUGUCUGUAGGCAGACGCAGGGCAUUUUACGCAACCUACAUAACGCCACGCCCAACGUAUGAACUUCUGACAAGAUGAGCGACUACGCCUCACCGGGCAAGAGAAAGCGGUCUCAGUCACCCCCGCCAUGGCGGAAGCACGAUAAUGAGCGAAAAUACCGCGAACGAGAUGCGCCUCGAAAUCCAGAGAACGGCCAACAGCAGAGAUGGUCUCACAAGGAUCAGAUGAGGAUAAACCAGCUGCAAGAAGAUGAGCGGAUGAGAGAAUGGGUUGCACAAGAAGACGAUUUCGUCCUGAAACAGGCCAAGAAGAAAGCAGACAUUCGAGUCAAGGAAGGUCGGGCCAAACCUAUAGACUGGCUGGCAGUAACAUUGCGAGUGGUCGAUCCCACGAGAGAUCCCCUAGACGAUGAGGUGGACGAAAAGGAACUUGAUUUUGUCGACCCAGACAGCGUCUUUGACGGCCUAGAUGAAACAGAACUCUCCGAUCUGCGCAAGGACAUCGAAACAUACAUGAGUCUGGAGAAGAACAGGAAGAAUCGAGAUUAUUGGCGAACAAUGCAAAUCAUCUGCAAGGAUAGGCAGAAGAGACUGCGCGUUGGUGGACCAGAAGGAAGAGCAGUCAGUUCUGUUGCUUCCGAUAUCGACAAGCUGUUGGGACCGAAGACGUACGAACAGUUGGAGGUGUUGGAGGGACAGAUCAGAACGAAACUGGACUCGAACGAGCCUAUUGAUACGGACUACUGGCAGCAGCUUCUGGAUAGCCUGCUGGUAUGGAAAGCGAAAGCCAAGCUGAAAAAGGUCUACCAAGAUGUGCUCGACUCACGGUUGAAGCAAUUGAGGGAGGUGAACGAACAGGAAGCGCUACAAGCUCAACAAACAUUGCGGGAUGCUGGAGUGCAAAGCACAGGUCCUGUCGCCUACUCGAAAGAACUCGACCCAGACCCGUUACUCGAGAUCCCAUCCAAAGACAAAGGCUUGGAAGUGAUCGAUGAAAGCGCAUUCUUGAAGGACGUCGCAUCAAGCAGACGUAAGGUCCUGAACAUGGGCUACGUCCCAGCACCCAAGACAUCUACACAACAAAAGACAACCAGUCAUUCCCGUCCAACAGGACAAUCUCACCACGCCGACCCUACCAGUCGCUUUGAUCGCAGCACCGGCAACGACGACAUUUCAUCGGCGACCAAAGCGCUUCUCGACCGGGAAGUCGCCAAGGGCGUCAACGAAGACGAAGAGAUCUUUGCAGGCGAGGAGGACGUUACAACAGGCUCAAAGCCUUUGUGGAGCGGCAAACAUCGUCCCCGCAAACCCAAGUACUUCAACCGCGUGCAGAUGGGAUACGAGUGGAAUAAAUACAAUCAAACCCAUUACGACCACGACAAUCCUCCACCCAAGGUCGUCCAGGGAUAUAAGUUCCACAUCUUCUACCCGGACCUUAUCGACCCGACCAAGGCGCCGACCUACAAGAUCAUUCGCGAAGGAGGACGCAAAAAGGGCCAAACCAUGGCGCCGGCCGGCGAGGAAGACACAUGUAUCAUACGGUUCAUGUCGGGGCCGCCGUACGAGGACAUUGCAUUCCGCAUCGUUGACCGAGAUUGGGACUACUCGGCGAAACAUGAUCGCGGGUUCAAGAGCACGUUUGAGAAGGGAAUUUUGACGCUGCACUUCAGUUUCAAGAGGAUUGUGUAUAGAAAGUAGAUUGUCCACGAAGGGAAUGCCACAGCGAUAUGUCUCUUUUAUAGAUGACAAUAUGCAUAAAACAGAGGCGGACCCUACCUCAAAGAUUGUAUGAGCAACCCAUGGUUUUCCACCACAAAGCCAGCCUCGCGAGCAAAGAAGAACACACAAACAUCGAAGAUUCAUGCCGACAAAAAUGCAAAAACAAUCAACAGUACGGAUUCGCUGGUUCUCACGAACCCAACUACUGACAUACCGGCAUGAGGCUUAAGUACGACUGAGCGAACGGGAAGUCCUGCUUUGACUCAUCCUAUGGUCGAUUGCGAAGAAAAUUGAGGGUAUGAAAGCUAUAUUGACACAUAUUAAGUGUUCAUGCGUAUCAACGUACAUUAAUCUGCUUUCGUACCCU